AUGUCGUGGUUUGGACUGUCGCUGAACGUCGAGCUCGACAACCUCAUCUCGGAGGCGACGCUGGAACUGAUCCCCAACGGGUCCGUCGAGAUCAGCGUCGCCUACGACAUCACCGAUAAGAUCCGCUCGAAGCAGAUCCCGCCCCAGCAGGCGAUGAGAGCAUUGAAAAAGCGGUUGACGAUGGUCUACAUGAACCCCAACUUGGUGAGACUGACGUUGCAAUUGAUCGACAUCUGUGUCAAGAACCUGGGGUACCAUUUUCUCGUGGAAAUCGCCCUGAAGGAGUUUAUGGACUAUUUGGCCCACAAUCUUUUGCUGACCCAUUAUAACGUGCGCGACCGUGAUGUCAGACGUAACCCUGCCCGUUUGGAAGUUGGAGAAUCCAUUUUAAGGCUCAUUAAGGAAUGGCAAGUGGCGUUUGAAGGGCAAAUGCAGCUUGGCUACGUCGACAAAGUGUACCGCGAACUUGUGGCCCAGGGGUUUGCAUUUCCCACCAUCGAACUGUCAACAAUCAACACCAAGUUUGUCGAUUCCGAGGUCGCUCCCGACUGGGUCGAUCUGGACCAGUGUAUGCUCUGCUACAAUAAGUUCUCGCUUGUCAACCGCAAACACCACUGCCGCGCCUGUGGCGGCGUAUUCUGCCAACAACACUCGUCGAAUAACAUCCCCUUGGUGCUGCUUGGUAUCAAUGACCCCGUCCGAGUGUGUGACAACUGCUACGCUAAACAGCGUAAUCGUGGUGGUCGUACCAGCGUUAGCGAUGCUUCGUCAUCACGUGCUGCUGCUCCUGACUACGAUACUCCUCUGGGUCCUCCUCCCGCUGAUGAUGAAGAUGAACAAAUAAGACAAGCGAUUGCGUUGUCGCUUCAGGAUCAGGGUCCCGCUGCCUCGCAACCGUCGAGACCUUCGCAACCUCUGCAGCCAGCGCCUGCUUCCAGUGCUCCUACUACAACCCUGAAUGCUGGCGAUGAGGAUGAAGAGCUUAAAGCGGCGUUGGCCGCUAGUUUGGCUGAAUUCGAACAGGAGAAACUGCGGCGACAGGGGCCGCUGGCGACCCCGAACUACGGCAGUGCACCGCUGGAACCUCCCGUAGAGGAACCGUCGCAGCUGGAUUUCUAUAACAUUGCCAUUCCUCUGUUCCCCGCCGCUCCCGCUGCUCCACUUUCUCAAGCUCCUCUGGCUCCUCAAGCAUUCCCCCAACAGCCUCAACCUCCAUCACAACCGCCUCAGGACCCUUACGCUCCUUACAACCGUGCUUCUCAGCUCCCAGGACCUCAAGGUUCGGCCCUCGCUCCUCAGCCGCCGCGACCUAAGCUUGAUCUCACUCAACAAGAUGAAGAGAACAUCAAUUUGUUCAUCACGAUGAUGACCAAUAUCAAGAGUGACGAGCGGAAAAAGGCCAAUAUCAUGUACGACCUGAAUUUGAAUGAACUUCAUGGCCGGGUGACAACGUUAAAGCCAAAGGUAAACCGGCUGUUGAGAGAUAGCAUUGAGAAGUACGAUCUGUUUGUUGAGCUUAACAAUAAGAUCUCGUCGGCGAUGAAGAUGUACGACGAGUUCUUGGAAGCUAAGCUCAAUAUGGCUUACGGCAGCCACAACCUUGGUGGGGCUCCUAGCUACGGUGGUGGCUAUGGUCAACCUCCAGUCGCUGGCCACCCAAGCUACCCUCAACCUCUGGGGUACGGACAACCUCCGCAACCAUCACAGCCUCAAGAAGAAGAUCGCAGUUACAUCCCCGCUCAGCUUACUGGUGGCUACACUCAAUCGAGACCUCCCCAACAGCCGUCUCAACCGCCUCAACCCCAACCAUCUCAACCGCCUCAGGAACCGCUUCAACCUCAACACACAUUUAACCAGAGAUCUCAAGCACCGCCUCCUUCGCAAGCGCCGCCCCAAGAACAACUUCAACCUCAACACACGUUCAAUCGCGGCCAAGCACCUCCCUCGCAAGCACCACCUCCUUCUCAAGCACCUCCUCCCUCACAGGCCCCACCUCAGCUGCAACCAUCGGUAUCGCCUUAUCCUACGGGACCUGGUAGCAGUGCUCAACCCCGUCACCGGUCGCUGUUGUCGGAGCCGCUGUACUACCCGCAAACCGAACACCUCCCUACUGAUGACGACAUCGCGGUGCUGCUGUCAAUUCCUCAGCCGCAGCAGGGGAUGACGAAGCAAACGACGGCGGAGUUCAUGCUGGACACCGAUGCCUCCAAGCGGUUCCCCGCCUUGGACCAGGAUGACAUCGAUGCCAUCAACCUGCUGAUCCCGCAGAAGCACACCGGCACAUUCCUGAAGAUGCUGGCAUUCCCCGAGGUGCCUGAGGACGUCGGCGACGGGUCGCAGGAGUUCUCCAACGUCAACAAGUUCCCCGAGCUUGUCCCCGUGAACACCGGUGGUUCCCGCCACACCCAGGGCCUGCGCUACGAGCCCGAGGCGUUGAUUGACUUGUAA